AAUCCCAAUUAGGAGGUAUAGUUAUUACAAGCAUAUGCAUAGCUUGUUGGGGAGUUAGUUGGCCCCCUCAGUAAAUCCUCCGGUGGCCUUCUUCUCUCCUCUUUUAAUGCUUUCGUACAGCGGCCGAACUCUCUACUCCACAUCGCCAUCAAUGCCUCUCUUCCUCAUCAGAUUCUUCAUCUGUCACAAAAACCCAUUUCUUACAACCCUCUUUCACGGCUUCCUUCGCCACCAUUUUUGCUCUCUUUCCUUCCCCCUCCAAUGGGUUUCUUCCUCUCUCUUGUUCUCUCCAAUUUGCCGUUUUGAGCUUCUCUUUCGCCGUCUUCUGUGUCUGAUGGGUCUUUGAGAGCUUGCUUCCUCCUCCAUUAAUGGUGGGGCUGUGGGAUCCUCGAAUGUGGUGAGGUGGGUCAAGCUGUUGGGAAGAGAUUGGUUGUGGGAAUUCGAAUUUAAGCCCCCAUCCCACUUUGUAGUUUCCGCCAAGCACAAGAUCAGACCGACUUAAUUGACUUUUUUUUCCCCAUUUUCACACACAGCUUGAUUUUAAUAUUUUUGAUCUUUUGUCGUCUGUUUUGGGGUUUUAUUGUUGGAUGUGGGUAGAUGAACGAACCCUCUCGGAGAAAGCAAUGCCGCAUUUGAAUAUUUCGAUUGUUUUGAAGUUGGGAAUUUCCAGUUUGGUGGUUGGGUGAAGCUUUUAGAAACUGGUAGAAGUGGGAAUUGUUUCUUCUUUCGCAUUUUAAAUGGUGAUUAGAAGAAAGCAAACCAUUCUGGUCUGAGAAUUUGAUUCAAUUAAUUUAUACAUUAGCUCCAACAACUUGAUCUGAAUACUGUAGAUUCUUUGAACAGAACCCGCAAAUAUAAGCAUCUUUUAGGGUAAUUGCAUAUCGGAUUCUUCAUUUCUUCUUCUUCUGGUGUUGUUUCUUUAGUUUUUCUGAGACAAUGAGUCACCAUCCUCUCUCACAUUCAAAUGGUUCAACUCAUAACUGCAAUGGAUUGGAAGAGAAGCUUGAAGAACUCAGAAGACUUCUAGGCAAAUCUGAUGGCGAUCCACUGAGGAUCGUUGGGGUGGGAGCUGGAGCUUGGGGAAGUGUUUUUGCAGCUCUGCUUCAAGACAGCUAUGGCCAAUUUCGGGAGAAGGUUCAAAUCCGGAUAUGGAGAAGAGCAGGAAGAGUUGUGGAUAAAGCUACAGCAGAACACCUCUUUGAAGUGAUAAACUCAAGGGAAGAUGUGCUUAGGAGGCUCAUCAGGAGAUGUGCUUAUCUUAAAUAUGUUGAAGCUCGGCUCGGGGACCGGGUGCUUUAUGCGGAUGAGAUUUUGAAAGACGGGUUUUGCUUGAACAUGAUUGACACACCCCUUUGCCCUUUGAAGGUGGUGUCUAACUUGCAGGAGGCUGUUUGGGAUGCUGACAUUGUGGUCAAUGGCCUGCCCUCUACUGAAACAAGGGAGGUUUUUGAAGAGAUAAGGAAAUAUUGGAAGGAGAGAAUCACAGUGCCUAUUAUAAUCUCUUUGGCAAAGGGAAUAGAAGCUGCUCUGAAACCUGUUCCCCACAUAAUAACUCCUACUCUGAUGAUCAAUCGAGCGACUGGAGUGCCUAUAGAGAAUAUAUUGUAUCUUGGUGGACCAAAUAUUGCCUCGGAGAUCUACAACAAGGAAUAUGCUAAUGCUCGAAUUUGCGGAGCUGAAAAGUGGAGGAAACCCCUUGCAAACUUUUUGAGGCAACCUCAAUUUAUUGUCUGGGAUAAUAGUGACCUUGUGACACAUGAAGUCAUGGGCGGUCUGAAAAACGUCUAUGCUAUUGGAGCAGGAAUGGUGGCAGCCCUUACAAAUGAGAGUGCCACCAGCAAAUCAGUAUAUUUUGCACACUGUACCUCAGAGAUGAUCUUUAUUACUUACUUGCUAGCAGAAGAACCCGAGAAGCUUGCAGGUCCUUUGCUCGCCGACACAUACGUGACCUUGUUGAAAGGUCGUAAUGCCUGGUACGGGCAAAUGUUGGCCAAGGGUGAACUUAGUCUAGAUAUGGGUGAUAGCAUUAGCGGGAAAGGAAUGAUUCAGGGAGUGUCUGCUGUUAGUGCUUUCUAUGAAAUUCUGAGUCAAUCAAGCCUAAAUGUAUUGCAUCCUGAAGACAACAAGCCUGUUGCUCCUGUGGAGCUUUGUCCCAUCUUAAAGACACUAUAUAAAAUACUGAUUAAAAGGGAUGGAUCGCCACAAGCUAUACUUGAAGCAUUGCGAGACGAGACCUUGAACGAUCCCCGAGACCGCAUCGAGUUGGCACAGAGCCAUGCUUUCUACAGGCCUUCACUGCUUGGCCAACCUUGAGCUGUAGUUUCAAUGGCAAGCUCACAUAAAACUCCAUGGAAGUUGUUCCAUAAUAUGAGCAGAAGCAGAAGCAGAAGUCUGCCUAAGUGAGAUAUGAACUUUUGAACUGUUUGGUCAUGUAUAGUCUAUAGCUUUCUUUCUUAAGGUUAUAUCAGAAUUUCACAACUUCUUGACCCAUUCAGUGAAGUUUUCAUCAUUGAUGGUUCAGAUUAUUUCAUCACACUAUGCAAGGAUCAUUGUGUAAUUUCACUAUCCACGUGGGUUGGGGUUGAAAAUUCACUCCAUUUUCGAUUAGGUGAUUUCUCGGUAGAUUUGAGUUCUAUUUCUUCGCCGAACUUUUAUUUGUAUUUCAUUUUAGUCUUUGAACUUUAAAACGUUUUGUUUUAGUCA